AUGUCGAAACCUACAUUAUCAAAUUCACUAUCAACACGAACAAUUUCAUCUGAAUCACACGCGAAUAUUUACGAUGAUGAUUGCGACAUCAUAUUUGGUUCGAUUCCAUCGUAUUACAGUAGUAGUCGGACAACAUUGGAUGAUGAUGAUAUAACGAUAGAAGGCGACGAUACGGACAACCAUUACUAUCAUGGACUAAUGGAUGUUGAUAUUCAUAGUAAUAUUACUUUAAAUGAGUAUCGACCUUCAUCAAAAGGUGAUCCGAUGGACAGCAAUUACGCGUGGGCAGCAUUCGUUCCACUUAACAAUGAAACACGAGCAAAUGUAGGACCUCUUUACAUAACGGGAAAUUAUACAAUAUUUGGCAACAGAGCGAAUGAUGAAACG